AUGGAGUUCAGGAGUUCAGAAACGGUUUUGAAUUUAGGAUGGAAAGACGGAGAAUUCCCAUUGGCUGUUCUUCUGCUAUCGAUAUACUUGGCAUUUGUACUACGCAUUGGACCGACCUUCAUGAAGAACCGCCCCGCUUAUAAAUUGACUGGAACCUUACUGGUCUACAAUGCUAUGCAAGUGUUGAUAUCUUUGUAUCUAGUCAAAAUUGUAAGUAAACUACUUGUUCUAUUCCUAAAUAUAGAAACUUUAGUGAUAUUGCUCUGGGCUCAUUGCUUAAGAGAAAUUCUGGAAUCCGGUUUGCUACCCAGAAAAUGUUAUAUGUUCAUCGAAGAACAUUGGAACUUGGUUUACUUCGGAAACCGUCUCUACUUCUUCGCCAAAGUCUCCGAACUUCUCGACACAGUCUUCUUCGUUCUCCGAAAGAAGAACAAUCAAGUCUCCUUCCUCCACGUCUACCACCAUACGACGAUGGUGCUCAGUUACUUCUUCUUCAAGUACCACCCUUCCCACGUCACCAGUGUGGUUCGUCUGGUGAAUUCGGCGGUUCAUGUGGUCAUGUAUGGGUAUUAUAGUUUAGCCGCUUUGGGACCUAGUGUGGCGAAAUAUUUGACGUGGAAGAAGUAUAUUACGUCGUUGCAGUUGGUGAGUCAUAAAGUCAUAAUUUCCUAAUUUCAAAGUGUCCCUGAUUAUAAACUAGCCGUAGCCGGAUAGCUUUAUUAUUUGUGUGCAUAACUGUGUUCUAUGCAAAUAAAUUCUUUGAAUCUUUGACGACGCCUGUUACUGAUUUAUUGUUUUGUUACCCGCCUGACGAAGCGUGCGUUGCGGAUAUGAAUUUGUCAUUAUUUUGUAUUAAAUAUUCCCUAAACUUUGUAUCCAAAUUACAAAUCAUUCAUCCGUUCGACCUAGGUUACCAAAUUAGACAUCUACAAGUUGAAAUUUUAAUGGCUUAAAAAUCACAAAAAAUAAAUCAGGUAUGUCACAAUUUGAUGUCCAAGGCUCUUAGCCAUUGAGUUGCGUAAUCAGAGAGGGUAAACAGGUCUUCUGGGCUUCUACCAUGCUCUGAGUGGCUCUGGCUCUCAAUGGGCAUUCCUGUACUACGACGUAUUGGACAAUUUGCGAUUCGGCGCCAUAAUCACAUCUGGGCGAGUCGAUCCAGCCACAAAGAUAUUCAAAAUAUAAUUGGCUUGAAAUGUGGUAUGAAACCAAUUAAAAUCACAAACAACGUCACACCGACCGGGCGCGAGCGAAGCAACCCAACCCAAAAGCAGUUUAAAAACGGGCACUCGUGCGCGGUAAAUUCAA